ACUCCAGGAUCUUUUGCAGCUGGUUACAUCAGAAAGGCAUGUUACAGGGAGCGUGCUGUGUGUGUUUCUAUGCUGUUUCUAACCAGGCUGUCUCAUAUUGCUUUUGAUGCAUUGAUACGCUCAGAUAUCCGUGCUACAAACUCCGCUAAAACAGACAUGUGCAAGGAGCUCAAGUGUAGAGUACUGAAGCUAGUACCGGGAACUGCCAACGCCGGGCCCGCAAAGCAGUCAGGGGACCGGGUGCAAGUUUCAGCCUGGAAGGAGAUUCUCAGCACCGCGGUUAAUAUUUUAAAGCAGGGCAAUGUGGUGGCCGUGCCGACUGAUACCGUAUACGGGUUGGCUUGUCUUGCACAAAACUCAGAAGCCAUCCAAAGGGUUUAUGAAAUGAAAGGACGAAAUGGAAACAAGCCUUUAGCUAUAUGCGUGGGAGCAGUGGAAGACAUUUACAAGUACUGUAAAGUCACUGUCCCAGAUCAGUUACUAAGAGAUCUCCUCCCAGGACCCGUAACACUAGUUUUGGAGAGAUCUGAAGAGCUGAAUAAAGACCUGAAUCCCUUCACUCAGUUGGUGGGAGUACGCAUUCCAGAUCAUGCUUUCAUGCAAGUUUUAGCACAGAAGUGUGGAGAACCCCUGGCUCUAACCAGUGCGAACAUCAGCUCCCAGUCAAGCACACUCACAGUAGAUGAAUUCCAUGAUCUUUUGCCUCAGUUAGCCCUGGUUAUCGAUGGUGGACCAAUCGGUGAUGUUAUGAGUCCUGAGUGUCGAUUAGGAUCAACAGUGGUAAACCUGUCUAUACCCGGACAAUACAGCAUCAUAAGACCAGGAUGUGCACUAAUGGCUACAGUUGAAAUCCUUGAGAAAAAAUACAGCAUGUUGUUAGAGACUCCGGACCACUGAAUUAACUGUACGGUACUGUUCUGCAAAACGCACAACUGAUCUUUGCUAUUGUAUGUACUAUUGUAUGUAUGUAUGUAUAUUUCAAUGUCAGAAUACUUGAAGGGGGAGUCAGCAGAAUAAAGGAACAACAUCUGCCAUUGUGCACUGCAUUAGCAGAUAUAACUUGAGAGUCCUUCUGCAGGGCUAGUGAAGACUUUUUUUGACAAAAAAAAGAUGAUCCUAUUCUCUGCCAGGGAUGACUGUACACUGAGAUGGUUAUUGGAUUGAUCUUUUCCCCUUUUUACUUUUUCAAGCAUCGCAUUAGCAUCCCUACAGGCUAGAAUUUUGGUAUACGACUCCUAUAGUUAAUCUAGUAAUGUAUUGACUCCUACAUGUUGCCUUUGUGUCCAUUAUAGCUAUAGGUGCAUAUUUUAAAGACUGCGUUUUACUCCUUGUUCUAUAAUAGGGAUGUCAGGCAAUCGUGUGGUAAUUUGGACACAGAUCUUAUUAGAAACGAUGAAAGCGUUUUUUUUUUUUAAAGUUGAAUGUUGUGACAGAGAUCAAUGCAUAUCGAUUGGACACUAUCUGACUUGUACGACAAACAGCUGCUUAAUCUAAAAAAGAUACAGGAUGUGGGUUAGUUAUGAAUUAAAACCUUGGGCUGCAUUAUUAAAACAAUAGCUUGACUUUAAGUCACAUAGGACAGCACUGUUAAAUUCAAUAGGCGUGUCUUAUUUGGCAGCGUUCCAAAAAAGACCAAAAGUAAAAAUCUGAGUUACACACAGAUGAAAUCCUUGUAAAAUACCUAGCUUACAAUGAAGAAGCCCCUCCACCUGUCACAAUGGAAUUUAGUUGUACUACUGCUUCCAGACCACAGUGCCUUUGUAUUUAAUUUGUAAGGACGCAAUGCCUGUGUUUUAAUAUAUAUUUUUAAGAUCUAAUGCGGCUAAAUCACUGUAGUCUUCUAUAUUUGUUAAUGUCAUGAUUUGUCCUGACAUUACAAAUCUGGAGAUGUGGCGGGGAUUCACACUGAAACAGGGAACUUGUGUUUUUUUUUGUGUUUUUUGUAUGAGCUGUUUGUUUACCCAUCAACAGUUCUUUUUUGUUUCUCUCAUUAUCAAUAUGUUUUAAGACCACAUGUGAUUUAAUUUUUGUUGUUUUUUUUAAUAAACAGUCAUCUGAUGGUGACCUGGUUACUGUGUUUAA